AUGAACUUCCACAUUUGGCUCUUCGCUCUACUCACAGCAGUGGCUGUGAAUGGAGAUCCAGGUCAACCUCGUCCUUUGGCACUCGCCUCAUCAUUCGCCCACAUCUACCAUCAGCUCGACAAUAUCCACCUCGGCAACUGCUCCCUGGCAAACGCAACAAUGCCACUGAACGCCACCAAGAUCCCGCUUCCAGCUCCAUCUGCAAACCUUACACUGAAGUAUGUCGCGCUGGGCCGAGGGACUCAGAACUAUACAUGCCCAUCGAACAGCUCCUCGAAUCCUAAAUCCACGAUCAAACCAGAAGCAACAGGUGCUGUUGCCACUCUAUUUGACGCCUCUUGCCUUGCGGCCGCAUCGGGCCCUAUCCUUCAUGAAGUUCCGGCUCUGGUUAGCACCACACCUCUGGGAUCUUUGGCAUUCAUGGCAGCACUUGUAGCCCAGGGCACAAGGAGUACCAACUUGAUUAUCGGAGAGCACUACUUCAAUGCUGCUGGUGACCCGUUGUUCGACCUUACUCUGAGUGGCUCGAAAUCAUGGAUUGCUACCAACAAAAAGGCGGCUGUUCCAGCACCAAAGUCGACAGGAGCCUCAGAUGAUGUUCCAUGGCUCAAGCUGGGCUACAAAAAGGGACAUGAUAUUGAGGAGGUUUAUCGUGUUGUCACAUCCCUAGGAAACCCACCCUCUACCUGUGCUGGCCAGAAUGCCACAAUUCUAGUGCCAUAUGCGGCAGAGUACUGGUUCUACGGGUGA